AUGACGAAAGCUGAGAAUGUUACGAUCUUCAAUUGCCACAACGAUCGGGAAGACACCGGAGAUCAUGCCAAAACACCUUGGAUUCAAACAGCAAGGGUAGAAGUGAGUUUUUUUUUCAAAACAGUAUUUCCACAUAAACUUUUCGAAAAAAUAAAUUGUUGUUUUCAGGAAAAGCAUGGAAAACCCAUUUAUAGUUGCGCAUUCAAUCCAUACACCCCUGAAGGUGCAAACCCAAUCCUACUCACAGUCGCCGAUCGUUACGCCCAUGUCUACGAAUGUUUCCUCAAUUCAAAUAACAUCAAACCAAUCGGCGCAUUUCAAUGCACUUCUGAAACAGAAUCAUUGUUUGCAAGCACUUGGGUUUAUGAUACUUUUGACAAUCUGGAUCCUCAUCAAUUUGCAGUCGCUGGAAACAAUGGUUAUAUUUAUGUUGUUGAAGCAAUCACGCAGAAAUUGGUUAAUGUAAGUUAUCUUACUUUAUUCAAAUAUCAAAAUCAUAUCUUUUUGCAGAAACUCUAUGGUCACGGCGGACCAAUCAAUGAGAUCCGAACCAAUCCAGCAAAUAGCAAUCUAAUCGCAACCGCCUCAAAAGACCGGACUGCCCGUGUGUACCAUAUUCGAAAUGAGACCUGCAUUUUUGUUUUGGCCGGACGUGAUGCUCACGCAGAUCAAAUUCUUUCAAUUGACUGGUCUUUUGAUGGUUCACAACUCAUUUCUAGUGGAAUGGAUCACACGAUUUUUGUUUGGAAUAUGAAGGAUGCGAAGGUGGAGGAUGUCUUGAAAACGGUUUGCGAGAAAUGUGCGUGUAUUACUCGGAAUACCCUCAAAGUUCAAGUCGACGAUCAUGUGAUGAAUACCAGAAAACCUAUUAGAAAAUCUGAAUCUGAAUCUAAAAAUCAGAAAUCAACUAUAGAAUUGAUGGACGAAGUACACGAUUUUGCUGGAGACCUCGAACCUGACAGAAACGAUGUCUAUUUACCACUCUACUUCCCUAAUGGAAAAAUCGCCGAUCUUCAUACAGAUUAUGUAGAUUGUGUGAGAUUUUUCAAUGAAUCAAAGUAUAUUUUCUCGAAGGGAUGUGGAAAAGAAAGUGUAAUUUAUAUGUCAAGACUUGGAACAAUUACAAAAGAUAAAAAUGAUACAAUUCCUAAAGCUCAUGUUGAGACAAGUUCUGUGAGAAUGCUCGAGAAAUUAAUUCCAAAUGGUGAAACGUGGUUCGUCAAAUUCGACCUGGAUCCACUGAAUCGAUGGAUAACAUGUGGAAAUAAUCGAGGAGAUGUGUUUUUCUGGAGUUUGUCGAAUUUCAAGGGAAAACUUCCGGAUUUUCAAUUGGAUAUUGGAAGAAUUGUGAUUCGACAAGUAGUUUUUUCGCCAUGCGGAAGAAUUUUGAUUGCAGCAUUGCAAGAUGGAUCAUUUGUUAGAUUGGAUAGGAUUAGCGAUAAAAUAACGCAAAUACCAAGUUUCAAGCUUUCGUAAGUUUUUCAUUUUUACCGUAUGGAAGCUCAAAAAAGUUCCAUUUGUUCAAAUCAAUCUUCAAAAUUUUUUAGCAAUCGCACAGUUACCGCCGCCCCAGACAAAUCAGAUAAAAAGAAAGCUUACACAGAUAUGAAAUGUGAUGAUUCAGAUGCAGAUGAUGAAUAA